AUUUCUGAGGUUUGUGUCCGUGUUUCUCCCUGCUAUUCGCGACAUACGAGUAAACAACAAACACUUUACGGCAGUAAAUAUGGCUUCUCACUUCAGCGGUGUGCUGCAGCUGACAGACCUCGAUGAUUUUAUAACUCCUUCUCAGGAAUGUGUUAAACCUGUCAAAGUAGAGAAGAAACAAGGUAAAUCUGUGGCCAAAAUACAGAUAGAAGAUGAUGGCAGUUAUGUACAAGUCAACAAGGAUGGUGGGAAGCAGAAGUUGGAGAAAGCAAAGAUCACACUGAACGACUGUUUGGCCUGCAGUGGCUGUAUCACCUCAGCUGAGAGUGUCCUCAUCACACAGCAGAGCCAUGAAGAGCUCUUCAAAGUGCUCCGUAGGAACAAGGCCAAUGAGACAGAGCAAAAGACUGUGGUGGUGUCAGUGUCACCACAGGCCAGAGCCUCCCUGGCAGCCCAUUAUAACCUGAGCAGUAGUGAGGCAGGCAGGAGGCUUACCUCGUUCUUUAAAGGCCUUGGAGUUCAUCAUGUGUUUGAUACCAGCUUCAGUCGGACCUUUAGUCUGCUGGAAAGUCAGAGAGAGUUUGUGGAGCGUUUCCAAAGGAAGCAACAGGACAGUAAGGCCCUGCCCAUGCUAACGUCAGCCUGUCCAGGUUGGAUCUGUUAUGCAGAAAAGACUCACGGGGAGUAUAUUCUUCCAUAUAUUAGUACCACUCGCUCCCCCCAGCAGAUGAUGGGAUCUUUGGUCAAAAGCUAUUUUGCCGGACAACAGGGGCUGAGUCCACAACAGAUCUACCAUGUGGCAGUAAUGCCUUGCUUUGACAAGAAACUUGAGGCUUCACGGUCAGACUUCUACCUGACCAACGCUGAGACCCGUGAAGUGGAUUGUGUCAUCACAUCUGGGGAGGUUCUGAAAAUGCUGGAGGAGGAAAAUGUGUCUCUUAAUGAUCUGGAGUCUGCUGCCCCAGAUACAAUGUUCAGCAGUUUCUGUGGAGAUGAGUUCCUGAGCCAUGCUGGGAGUGGAUCAGGAGGUUACCUGCAUCACGUUUUUACAUAUGCUGCCAAGCACCUUUUCGGAGAGGAGGUGAAGAAUCUUACCUACAAGACCCUCAGGAAUAAAGACUUCCAGGAGGUGAGUCUAGAGAAAGAUGGCGUUGUCCUGCUGUGCUUUGCCUCAGCCUACGGCUUCCGCAACAUUCAGAACCUGGUGCAAAAACUCAAGAGGGGAAAGUCGCCUUACCACUUUGUUGAAGUUAUGGCCUGCCCAUCAGGAUGCCUGAAUGGCGGCGGGCAGGUGAAGCCCUCAACUGGCCAAAACCAAAAGGAGCUGCUCCAGAAAGUUGAGGAUCUCUACAAAGCAGAGCGCCCCCUGUUGCCAGAAGAUGACGCUCGCGUAGCUGAAUUGUACCAGUCAUGGCUCAACAGUGUAGGGGAUGAAAGAGCCAAAGAGCUGUUACACACACAAUACCACACUGUGGAAAAAAUGACCAAUGGUCUCACUAUGAAGUGGUGAUACAUGUUUUUUGUUGUCUGACAGGGUGUUUCUGCAGAGUUUUAUUUUGCACAAAUUUUAGACAGGCUGUGUCUACAGAUCGUCCAAAUAUAUAAUAUUUGUUUGCUAAUACCUCUUUGUAAAACACUUUUCUCACCUAAAAGCUUAAUGCCAGAGGGGUAUACAACGAAGGAAGUCCAACACAGUCAGGCUGUCUCUGCCUUACCUGCCUUGACAAAACCUAAAACCCCAGUCAAUGAUAAUGAGAGAUGGUUAUAAAGCCUUUCUGCUUCAGGUUCUAUGCACACUCACAUUAAAAAAUGGGCAUUUCACAUGUCACAUGACUCUUCUUGCAUGCAAAAUGACCCCUAUGAGUGUCAUCCAAUUCUAAUCAGAGAUGAUGCUUUACAGCUGGGCUUCAUUCGUGAUGUUAGUAAGAUACGGCUUAACAACGUGCACAUAUAAAAUGUAUUCCACCAGCAGAGAAUCUGUAUUGCAUUUAAAGAUGAAAAUGUGCCAUUUAACCUGCUUUUAAACCGAAACACUGAAGGUAACCCGCUCCUGAACUGGUUCAGCAAAAGUCAUCCCAGUGAUUUAGCCACUGGUCCACCUUUGUGCUGCUGAAAACUUUGUUAUAAGGUUGACACAGCCAACAAGCUCAUAUAUUCUUAAAUAUGUGAAAACCUGUUAAAAUGUAAGCUGAGGUAAUAUAAAGCAAAAUGUAUUCAUUGAUUUGAUUGUUACAUGUGUAUACACAUUUUGAAAAUAAACGUUAAUUAUA